AUGGUAAUGCAUGCCCGAUCGGGCGGUAACCUUGAAGUCAUGGGUCUUCUGUUAGGGAAAGUUGAUGGGAACACCAUGAUUGUUAUGGAUGGAGUGGCAUUGCCAGUAGAAGGCACAGAGACAAGGGUCAAUGCUCAAGCCCAGGCUUAUGAGUACAUGGCUGCAUACACUGAGGCUGCUAAACAGGUGAAACGCUUAGAAAAUGCCAUAGGCUGGUACCACAGUCAUCCAGGAUAUGGUUGCUGGUUAUCUGGCAUUGAUGUGUCAACACAGAUGCUUAAUCAACAGUUCCAGGAACCUUUUGUCGCUAUUGUGAUAGAUCCAGUGCGAACUAUAUCUGCAGGAAAAGUUAACAUUGGUGCAUUUAGAACCCCAAAGGGAUAUAAACCACCAGAUGAACACCCCUCAGAAUAUCAGUCCAUUCCUCUCAACAAAAUUGAAGACUUUGGUGUCCAUUGUAAAGCUUAUUACCCAUUAGAAAUGUCUUACUUCAAAUCAUCCAUGGAUCGGAGACUGCUUGAAUCUUUGUGGAAUAAAUACUGGGUCAAUACCCUGAGCUCAUCUAGCCUUCUUACAAAUGCUGAUUACACAACAGGAAUGAUAUUUGAUUUGUCAGACAAGCUAGAACAGUCUGAAUCACAGCUGGGUCGUGGCGGUCUCAUAGGCACUGAUGCACAGGAUCAGAGGCUUUAA